AUGUCGUCUGCCGCUUCCACCUCAAACCCCUCCCUGCCUCCGCCGUCGCGCUUCGGCGAGACAGCGGCAGGGUCGAUCAUCUACCUCCUCUCUGGCAAGAAGCUCUUGCGCGCACCAGAAGAGAAGCAAGGCUAUGUCGUGCCCGAAAAGUACAAAGUGGGCGCUCCUACAGUAGCAGAUGAGCGAGCGAAAGAGAAGCUGUCAACGGGCCAAACAAGUCCUGCAGCCGUAUCCAACCAUAGCGAAAGUGGGACACUGAAUGGAGGUGCAGCCCCUGCAGAGCAACCGAAGCCCGCCGACGUUGAGAAGGCGGCGUUAGCAGCCAAGGAGGAUCGAGCCAAGCAGCCAGGCGAUCAGAGCGAGGAGAAGCAGGGUGCAGACGUUGGUCAGCUGCACAAUGGCGGUGAUUACACCCUCGUCACUUGGUACUCGGACAGCGAUUCUGAAAACCCACGCAACUGGCCGCUGCCCUACAAAAUCUGGGUCACUGCUCAGAUCUGCAUGGCCACGACUGCCAUCUACAUGGGGUCCGCCAUCAUCUCGCCGGUGACCGAGGACCUCAUGACGGAUCUCAAUUGCGGUCGGACAGCCGCUUCUCUGACCAUCACUCUAUUCGUUUGGGGUUACGGUAUCGGUCCCUUGUUCCUCAGUCCCAUGUCGGAAAUCCCAGCCAUCGGUCGCACUUGGCCCUACAUCAUCAGCAUUGGCCUCUUCGUCCUGCUCCAAUUCCCUUCCAUCUACAACUCCUCCCUGGGCGCGUUGUUGCCGCUGCGAUUUGCCGCUGGCUUUGUCGGAAGUCCUGUGUUGGCAACAGGUGGAGCAACAGUCGGCGAUAUCUGGGACAUGGAAUCAUUUUCCAUCGCGCUAGGUCUUUGGGGUCUGUCCGCUGCGUCUGGUCCAGCCCUCGGUCCAUUGAUUGGUGGAUGGGCCGGACAAGCAAACGGCUGGCGAUGGUGUCUGUGGCCUCUGCUUUGGGCAACAGGCGGCGUUUGGCUCAUCAUGUUCUUUCAACUCCCCGAGACGAACCACUCCACCAUUCUUUCUCGAAGAGCUGCUCGCCUGCGCCGAGUGACUGGCAACCAGAAACUCACCAGUCAAGGGGACCUCGAAGCUGCGGGCAUGACACUCGGAGAAGUGGCACAGAUGACAUUGGUCCGACCGUUCAUCUUGACCUUUGCCGAGCCUGUCGCCUUUGCAAAUAAUCUCUUCAUUGCAUUCAUCUACGCCGUUCUGUACUGCUUCUUUGAGGUCUACCCGCUCAUCUUUGCAGAGAGGCAUGGUUUCAACCCUGGAGAGCUUGGAACUGCAUUCUUGGGUAUCGUCGUCGGCGCCGUCAUCGGAAUGGGCAUCUACUCAAUAUUCGUCAUCAAGUACCUCAACCCACGUUUGAGGUCUGGCGAACACUCUCCAGAGGAUCGACAAAUCAUCGCAAUGGUUGGAGGUAUCUGCUUCCCCAUCUCCCUCUUCUGGAUCGGAUGGACAAGUUUCAGCUCCAUUCACUGGAUCGUGCCCAUUCUAGGCAGCGGACUUUUCGGCAUGUCGGUCUUUUUCCUCUUUCAAGGCAUCUUGGUCUACCUAGCACAAAAUUAUCCCAGAUACGUAGCCUCCAUCUUUGCAGCCAACGACGUCAUGAGGAGCGGUCUGGGAGGCGCUUUCCCACUCUUUGCGAGCCAGAUGUUCUCUGCUCUCACUGUGCAGGGCGGUUGCUCGCUCUUAGGAGGCUUCUCCCUGCUCCUCACCCCUAUCCCCUUCGUGCUUUACAAGUACGGCCCUCGUCUCCGUGCAGCCUCCAAGUGGGCCGGCAUGUCCGAGGACGACGAGUAG